AUGUGCAAAGCGUUUCAGCCAGAGAAUUUCAACUACAUGCAACGUAAAUUUGCUGAAAAAGCAGUCUUCCAAGCAGUAGAACGAGGACAUGUUCCAUUCGUAAGAACAUUGAUAUGGCGUAAUAAAAGCUGGUGCCUUGCCAUCACUAAUGAACAUGACAAGACCUUGUUUCAAUUUGCUGCUGAGCAUCGUCAAGACCAAAUAUUUGACUUGAUACGUUACCCGUUUAUUACUAAAAAAGAAAGAGAAGAAAUUCUAAGUAGAAAAGAUAAGUUUGGGAAUAACAUACUGCAUGUGGUAGGGAAGUUGUCCCCAUUAACACAGAUUGCUCAUGUUCGAGGUGCAGCUUUGCAAAUGCAGUAUGAACUACAAUGGUUCAAGAAGGUGGAGCGCAUGGCAAGUCACAAAGAUCUUAAUUGUAUAAAUUCUGAUGGUCUCACACCCCGUGAGGUAUUUACUAUAAACCACAGAGAUCUGGUGAAGGAAGGAGAAAUGUCAAUGAAAGAAACUGCAACUUCUUCUUCAGCACUUGUAGCUGCUCUUAUCAUUACCGUUAUGUUCGCAGCAGUAGUGACAGUUCCUGGUAGAAUUAAUGGAGAAACUGGUAUUCCCAUAUACUUAAACACCGAUGCAUUCAGGAUUUUUAUAAUUGCAGAUGUUAUAUCCCUAUGCUCUUCCACAACUUCAGUAAUGGUGUUCUUGGGGAUCCUCACUUCACGUUUUGCUGAAGAAGAUUUUCUCACAUCCUUACCAACAAAAUUGAUAAUUGGCUUUUUAUCCCUUUUUCUAUCUAUCGGGUCCAUGAUGGUUGCCUUUGCUUCUGCCGUUUUCAUUAUGCUCCCAGGAAGACCAUCAAUUGUGAUUCCAUCUAUUGUACUCGCUGGUGUUCCAAUUGCUUCAUUCCUAUGGAUGCAAUUUUCAUUCCUUCUUGAGAUCAUUAUAUCUACUUAUGGAUUGAGUUUUCGCUCAAUGUACUGGAGGCUUAAGCGGUGGGCUUGGACGCUUAAGCGGUGGGCUCGGAGGAUUUACAGGAGGUUUUAA